CUCCUCCUCGCGGCGUUCCUGGGCCCGGCGGCCCUGCGGAGGCGGGGUGAGGUGGGCAGCCCCGGCUUUGGGGACUGAGAGUCACGUGAGCUUCUCCGUGUUGUGGGAGGAGACGAGAAGCCGCGGUGGAAGAGUCCGGUGUAACCGUCACCGGGAAGCGCGCUCGAGUGCGACUGCCGAGUGGACUGAGGUAGUGAAUUCCUGAAAAGAAAAUAAUGGAUUGCAUGUUAGUUGACCUCUAAGUGGCCGGACUCAACAGUGGGCACGUUUGUUGCAAAGGCCAAAAGAAGAUGGCCACUCCUUAUGUCCCAGUUCCUAUGCCCAUAGGAAACUCGGCUUCCAGUUUUACAGCCAACAGAAAUCAAAGAAGUUCUUCUUUUGGCAGUAUCUCAACAAGUUCAAACUCUUCCAAAGGCCAGUUAGAAGACUCGAAUAUGGGUAAUUUUAAACAGACAACUGUUCCAGAUCAAAUGGAUGGUACUUCAUCUGUUUGUAGCAGUCCCCUCAUUAGGACUAAAUUUACAGGUACAGAUUCUUCCAUUGAGUAUUCUGCUAGACCUAGAGAAACUGAAGAACAAAAUUCUGAAAGAGUAAAUUUUGAAGAGAGACCAUCUACACCUACUAUCCUGGGUUAUGAGGUGAUGGAAGAAAGAGCUAAAUUUACUGUGUAUAAAAUACUUGUAAAGAAAAAUGCAGAAGAAAGCUGGGUAGUUUUCAGAAGAUACACUGACUUCUCCAGGCUUAAUGACAAAUUAAAAGAGAUGUUUCCAGGCUUUCGAUUAGCACUUCCACCAAAACGAUGGUUUAAGGAUAACUACAAUGCUGACUUCUUAGAAGAUAGACAAUUAGGAUUACAAGCAUUUCUUCAAAAUUUAGUAGCUCAUAAGGACAUUGCUAACUGCCUUGCAGUGAGAGAAUUUCUUUGUCUGGAUGAUCCACCAGGUCCAUUUGAUAGCCUAGAAGAAAGCAGGGCUUUCUGUGAAACUUUAGAAGAGACUAACUACCAUUUACAGAAAGAACUACUUGAAAAACAAAAAGAAAUAGAAUCACUGAAGAAACUGGUCAAUGAUCAACAGCUUCACAUAGACACAUUAGAGAAUAGAAUCAGAACAUUGUCUUUAGAACCUGAAGAAUCGCUGUACAUGUCAACAACAGAAGUUAACCAGGUCCUAAAGAUGGAGUCCUCUGCACUUGAGGGUGAUCAAGAUGUCUUAGAUGAAGAAUCUAGAGCUGAUAGUAAGCCAUGCUUAAGUCUUAGUGAACCUGACAGUGCAAUAUCAGAGAUAGAAGUAGCAGAAGUGGCAUACAGUGCUGAAGAAGACUGAUACAUCACACGUAGAUCCUUCCAUUUUGACGUUUCAACAAAUUUAGGAUACAGUGUCAAAUACUAUUUAAAAAGAAAAAAGGACUGUGAAAAAUUUAACUGAAUACAGCAAGAAUGUGUAUGUAUAAAGUGUAUAUAAAGAAAAGGGUUUUUUUAAGUUAUUCAAAUAGAAAGUAUAUUCACUACUGCUUUUAUAUUGUCUUUUAUCCAGCCCAUAUUUAAUAACUACAAAAUAUAUCUAGUUAGAAUUCUGUUACCAAGGCCCAGAUUCUUAAACACUGUGCAUAAAUUAUUAUGGUGUUUUAUCUGUAUAUUACUCCAAAUUCAUUUGUGCAUGUGCAUGUGUGUUAAAUCACCAGUUAUAUUAGUCAAAUGGAAUUAAUUGCAUGUUACUGUCUGGGUGAUACAUACUUCUUUGUAUCUUUGACAUGACAUAUUUUCAUUAAUGGUUGAAAUCAGUGGACAUCAUAGUAAAGAUGAGUUGAAUUUUAAAUAUAUGUUUAUCAUCUCUAAAUAAAAAAUGCUUAUUUGAAAUAAUAAUGCUAUUUAAAAGAAAAUGACUCUGUAGUACCAAAGGAAAACUAUUUGAAAGACUUCUAACAAUGUAGCUAAAGUGAUAAAAUAGCCUUGACUUUAAAAAUUGAUUCAUUAAUGUCAAGAUACUAUGUGUACCAGUUUAUUAAUGUACUGUAGUUAUUGUCACAUAAUCUUUCUCCUAAAUCUCUACAUCCAGGUUCAGUGAGCUUUCCUCUUUCAGGACACUACCUCUUAAUCAAGACAUAUUCUUUUGAGAAUAUAUUGUAGCAUUGAAGCAAAUCAAAGGUUAUACUAAAAAGAAAACAAUAAGCCAUAUAUACUGCAAAGUUCCUAACUAGCUUGACUCCUGGCAUUGCAUUUUUAUUUCUGUAUAUGUGAAGGUGUUGUCAUACUGUGCUAUAGAUGAUAUUCGUUUUAAUAUAUUUAUCCAAGUGAUGCACUUUAUGAUAAUUAAAGUUGUUUGUGCCAAGUGGAAGUGGUGGAUUUCUUUAGUAAGUAGAGCUGGAGAAAGAAUUAUGUAGUGCCUUUACCUUUUCACUUUUUUCAAAAGUCUCUUGGGGUUUGAGUCAGCAUUAUGAGAAAAUGUUAUGCUUGUUGUAUGUGUGGUUAUUCAAAAUGCCUUGUUUUAUUGUUCUAGGAUGAAGGUACUCAUUAUUUUCUAUGUCUACUGUUUUGCAUAUUGCUGUUAAUAUGCAUUAUAAUCAUGUUAGCAUUUUGAAAUCCCAGUUGGGUCUGUUGAACUGUACAUGCUUUCUAAAAUCCAAGGAAACUAGAAUAACAAUCUCCUUUUUUGAUAUUUAUUAUCUAAAACUUUACCAGUGUCUUGGUGUGCAUAUUAAGAUGUGUUUGUUUAAAGUUCUGCUGACAAAGAUCAAUGUAUCCAAGGGCUUUUGUUAACCUUUAUUCUAAAAAAGAUGCUGCUUUUUACCAAAGCAUCAAAAAAAAAAUUUAAGUCUUUGUCAAAAUGCACAGGUGUGUCCUGACAAAAAGCGUUUUCCACAAAGUGUACAGAAAAUGUGUUUAGUAUCCUUAGUGAUAGAAGUGAGUAUAAUAAAAUUAUCUGUUUAUCCAUAUGAAAAUGAUUCUAGACUUUGCAAAAGGUUUAGAAAGAAAAUCACUUAAAUUAAUACCAUUUGAGCAUAAUAAGACAUUUGUCCAGUUUCAGAUAAUGCUAUAUGUUUGUUUUAAAGUGAACCACACACUUUUAAAAUCUGGAUUUUCAAAAGAUUGUAUUUAAAGUUCUGAAUGGGCAAAGAAAAACUGCUUAUAAGGUGAGACAUUAUUAUAUAUUUAGAAUUUACUUUUUUUACUUUUAUAAUGCAUUUCACUCCCAGUAUUAUAUUCAUUUAAUAAAUUAUUUUUUCAGUACAACAGUAGCUGUAUUGUUCCAAUGUUGAAUACCACCUUCCUCCUCCUGUUUCUGUGUUACCCCUGUCCUCUGUGACUAUCAUUAUGUGUGCUACAUUUCACAGAUGUGGAAUAAGUCUGUGGUCAUCUUUUUAAGUUUACACUUUAUAUUAUUAAUCAUUUUUAAAGCUUUUGUGAAUAGAUGCAAUGCACUUCAAGU